AUGGACAAGCUGCAGGAGCUCAGUCUCGUGUCCAAAGUAUGUCAGGCGCUGGAGAAUCACUUGGGCAUGAGCGACAAGACGCUGGCCGAGUUUGUCAUUGACCUCGUGCGCAGCAGCAGCGACUGUGCCGGUUUUCUGGCGUCCAUCAAAGAGGACGAGCUGCCGCUGCCGCGCGCGCUGGCAGAGAAUCUCUUUCGCAUUGUACAGACGAUGGCGCCGCAACGGAUGAAGCCAUCAGAGGUUAAAGACGGCAAGAUCAAGACGACCACAAGACACGAGAUUCGAGACGACGAGCGGCUCACGGCGUUGGAUAUUGCAGGAGCAGCAGUGGAAGACGGUGGCGACGAAAGAAAAGCGAGUGUAGAUCAACAAAGACACUCGCCUCGUCAUCGUGGCAUUGAAAAUGAUGACCGAUCGUCCGGGGACCUGAGAAGGGCGCGCGACCGUUACGGGCGUGAUAGAAGUCGUGGACGGAUAGACGGUCGCGACCGAAAAAGUAGACGAUCUAGGUCAGAAGACAGAAGAAGUGGUCGGCGGGACCACGACAGAAGUCGAAGUCGUGGACGUGAGCAGCGUGAUGGACGUUACGGACCGUCUCUUUCGCAAAGUACUCGUCGAGCUCGUGACGACGAUCGACGUGGAAAAGACGAGCAGCGUGCAAAGAUCGUGGAGCUGUAUGGCAUUUAUGACGGUCGUGUGGCUAAAGUCAUGGAAUUUGGCGUGUUUGUUGAACUUGUUGGUUGUGGAAAAGAGAAGAAAGAAGGGCUUGUGCACGUGUCCAACUUAUCGUCAAACCGUGUGAGCAAUGUAAAGGAGUUUGUUCAGCGCGGCGAUCGCGUGAAAGUGAAACUGAUAUCGAUAUCGGGGCCCAAGCUGUCGUUAUCGAUGCGCGAUGUGGACCAAAAGACGGGGCAGGAUUUGUUGCCCCAGCGCUCGAUCAGCGGCAUCGAGAGAGCGCGCGAGGAGAACAAGUCGUUGGAUCCGCGCUCGUGGAUAAACCCUUCUGCACCUGGUAUGCAGAAAUCGCACCAGAUUGAUGAUGAUGACGGCAAGCCACAGCGUGCUGCUAAGCGCAUGUCGUCACCUGAGCGAUGGGAGGUGCAACAGCUUAUAAACUCUGGCGUGUUGUCAGUUGAAGACUAUCCUACCUUCGAUGACGAGCAUGGCCUGCUAAACACCGAAGCUACAGAGGAGGACUUUGAGGUCGAGCUCAACGAAGAUGAGCCAGUAUUCCUGCGAGGCCAAACUCACAUGAGCCGCGAUUUGUCACCCGUCAAGAUUGUAAAGAACCCGGAUGGAUCGAUGCAGCGUGCGGCAAUGACUCAGUCAAACUUGGCAAAGGAGCGUCGCGAGCUCCGGCAGACACAGGCAAAUCAACUUAUUGACUCCAUUCCGAAGGACCUUAACCGUCCCUGGGAAGAUCCAAUGCCAGAUGCUGGUGAGCGUCAUUUUGCUCAGGAAUUGCGUGGUAUCAAUAUGGGUGUGACAUUUGAGCUACCUGAAUGGAAGCAAAAGUCGGUGGGUAAAAACCUUUCAUACGGCAUUGUGUCGAACAAGUCAAUACUAGAACAGCGCGAGAGUCUUCCGGUCUUCAGACUCAAGCGUCAAUUGAUGAAGGCGAUCGCCGAUAAUCAGUUUCUUGUAGUCAUUGGAGAAACUGGGUCCGGCAAAACCACGCAAAUGACUCAAUACAUGGCAGAAAUGGGAUUGACUUCCACUGGUAUCAUUGGAUGCACACAGCCGCGUCGUGUAGCGGCCUCAUCUGUGGCAAAACGUGUGGCGGAGGAGUUUGGCUGCGAAUUGGGCCAAGAAGUGGGCUACUCGAUGCGGUUUGAGGACGUCACGACUCCAGAAACAGUGAUCAAGUACAUGACUGAAGGUAUGCUUUUGCGAGAGUACCUGGCCGAUCCUACGUUAUCGAAGUACAGCGCACUGAUGCUUGAUGAAGCUCACGAGCGAACAAUCAACACUGAUGUUCUUUUUGGUUUACUGAAAGAUCUUGGGCGCAAGCGAAAGGACUUGAAACUUAUUGUGACUUCGGCAACACUAGAUGCCGAGAAGUUUUCUCGAUAUUUCUUUGACUGUCCGAUUUUUACGAUUCCAGGACGUACGUUUCCUGUCGAGAUUUUGUAUACCAAGGAACCGGAGCUCGACUACUUGGACGCUUCGCUUCUUUGUGUCAUGCAAAUCCACUUAUCCGAGCCGGAGGGAGACAUAUUGCUAUUCUUGACUGGCCAAGAAGAGAUCGAUACAGCUUGCGAAGUGCUGUACCAGCGUAUAAAAGCAUUACAGGAGCGUGCAUUGGCGCCAGAGCUUAUCAUACUUCCGGUGUAUGGCGCGUUACCUUCCGAGAUGCAGUCGCGCAUUUUUGAACCAGCGCCUAAGGGCUCUCGGAAGUGUGUGGUGGCUACCAAUAUUGCAGAGGCAUCACUGACGAUCGAUGGCAUUUAUUAUGUCGUGGAUCCUGGUUUUUGCAAGCAGAAUGCGUUCAACUCUAAAAUCGGAAUGGAUUCUCUGGUGGUUGUGCCCUGCUCACAAGCUUCAGCUCGCCAACGAGCCGGGCGUGCUGGACGCACUGGCCCAGGCAAAUGCUACCGACUGUACACGGAGAAUGCUUACAAGAACGAGAUGCUGUCCACGACUGUGCCUGAAAUUCAGCGUGCGAAUCUUGGUUCGGUUGUGCUACAGUUGAAGGCAAUGAGUAUUAACGAUUUGAUGGCUUUCGAUUUCAUGGAUCCACCGCCUCAAGAUGCCCUUGUCAUGGCGCUAGAGAACUUGUAUGCUCUGGGCGCUCUCGAUGACGAAGGUUUGUUGACGCGACUUGGAAAGAAGAUGGCUGAGUUUCCUGUGGAGCCGAAAAAUGCAAAAGUGCUGCUAACUUCUGUGGUGCUUGGUUGCGCGGAGGAAGUGUUGACUAUUGUGGCGAUGAUGUCAGUGGAGUCGGUCUUUUUCCGGCCAAAAGAAAAGCAGGCGCAGGCUGACCAGAAGAAAGCCAAGUUCCAUCAGCCUGAGGGUGACCACUUGACCUUACUGGCUGUGUAUGAGGCUUGGGCGAAUUCCAAAUUCUCGAACCCAUGGUGCUACGAAAACUUCAUCCAAGCGCGGGCUAUUCGUCGUGCUCAAGAUGUGCGCAAGCAGUUGCUGUCAAUUCUAGACCGAUACAAAAUGGAUGUUCUUUCUUGUGGCAAGAACUUUAACAAAGUUCGGCGUGCGAUUGUUGCAGGUUACUUUGCUAACACAGCAAAGAAGGACCCACAAGAAGGAUAUCGCACCAUGGUGGAGGGUCAGCCCGUGUACAUUCAUCCAUCGAGUGCGUUGUUUAACAAGAGCCCUGAGUGGGUGCUUUAUCAUGAGCUCGUACUCACGACGAAGGAGUACAUGCGCAACAUCAUGACAAUAGAACCAAAAUGGCUGGUGGAACUAGCUCCAGCCUUUUUCAAGAAGGGGGAUCCUACCAAACUCUCGAAGCGCAAGCGCAACGAGAAGAUCGAGCCGCUGUAUGACCGCUUCAACCCGCCUGAUUCUUGGCGUCUCAGCAAACGCAGGGGAUAA